AUUGGAAAUAUGUAUUUUUUUUUUUUGUACAUAAUUUAGUCAAUUAUUUAUUAUUAUAAUUUUACAUUUUACAAAUAUUAGUUGUUUAAAUGAAAUUAGUAUUUUUUUAAUAAUAGAACAGCUUUAUAAAUGUUGAGUACUCUGUUGAUUUUGUAUACUUGACUUUCAAUAUCCACUUUGUGGUUAACUUACCAAAGUACUAUUAAAGUAAUUCGUAAUUCUUUAUUUUGGUGUUAUUAAAUAUACAAAGUUAGUUUUUGAUACGUAAAAAAAAUGUUGGAUGUUCACAAUUUUUAUACGGUUUUUCCAUUUUCGUGGGUCAAUUGUAUCUUUUGUAUUGUCGUCGCCAAAAUGUAAUAGUGCCUAAGGUUAUUCUUUCUGGUCUCUAAAAAUAAAAAAGUUAUUUAAUAUUUUUAACAAAUUUUAUUUACAAAAAUAAACUAUGACAUAUUUAUGUAAAAGUUAACAUUUGAAAAUGUAUGAGGUGAUGGUAACAUGGCAUGAUAACCUUACCAUGCUGUAUAGAUUAAAUUUAAUAAUAUUUAUUUAUAUAUGUAUUGUUUUUGUACCUACAAGCAAAUAAUGUUGUAAACACCAAUUUUAUUAUAAUGAAUAAACAAAAGUAACAAUAAAAAAAAAUUCAUGGUUUUCGCGGUCUUUUUGAGCUUUGCCUUCCCUUACAUCUCUCUCCCUAGGUGUGUCGCCACGACAACCAACUUGAAAGCCACCUAUGGAUCAAUACUUUUAUCUACUACCUUGUACUCAUAUAACUACAGAGCAUGAAUGUGUGACCAUUAAAAACUACCGGUGUGGAUUUUUUGUUUCAAUUCCCUAAGCAUGACCUACGGAAAUCGCCAUGGUACGACAAUUUUAACACACUCGAUAUUGUUGUUUGCUAGUGUUAUUUUGUUUACAAUUCCCAUUGGCGUGCUUUGGAAUCGCAUCACAACCGAACAAAACCAAUUGAUCAACUAUAAGCCUCACGUGGCUGCUUUGGUGUUGGCUCGUGGCGGCAGCAAAGCCGUACCGAGAAAGAAUUUGGCCGAGAUUCAAAAUACCACUCUUUUGCGGAGAACACUGAAUACAAUUAACGACUUUGGAUUAUUUCAGGACGUAUGGGUGUCAACGGAUGAUGAUGAAAUCGCCGCCGAAGCCGAGUUAGGCGGUGCUAAAGUGUUCCGCCGUAGCGAUCAAACGGCUUCGGACACGGCGACCUCCUUGAGCGCCCUCAAAGAGUUCAGCAUGUAUCACCAAAAGGUUGACAUUUUCGCUGUCAUUCAAUGUACAUCGCCUUUUUUGACCGUCGACUACCUGGGAAAGGCUUACAGGAUGACGGUGCAACAAAAAUUUGAUUCUGUAUUUUCGGUAACGCGAAGCCACAAACUAAGAUGGACUCUGGAUUCCAGCGGUCAUUUACAUCCAUUGAAUUUCGACGUUUCCAAACGACCAAGGAGACAAGACUGGGGAGGCGAAUACGUGGAAAACGGAAUGUUUUAUUUUGCUCACAGGAAGCUCGUUGUCAACGACAAGCUACAAGGCGGAAAACUAGGAGUGGUUGUGAUACCUGUAAAUAGGAGUCUGGAAAUUGAUACGGAAUUCGACUUAAAGGCUGCUCGACUUUUAGCCUCGUUGCACGAUUCUCCGAAAAAUAUUACUGAAAAUAAGUUAUAACGUGUGUUUUGUCACAUUAAGUAAAUUUCAAAUUAAAUAAGGCAUAGGCGUUUUUCGAUUAGUUAAAAUACAAAAAAUAUUUAAUGCCUAUUUCUAUUUUAAUGCCUACCUACUUUGAACGUUUAUAAACUAUAAUUAUUGUACCUAUAUCGAUUGUACAAAAUGUUAUGACUUUUAUAUUAUAAAACCCAUGUCUUCACAUAUAAAUUAUAGACUAGUUAUAGUAUUACUUUACAUUUAAUAUUUUUAUUGGUAAAUAAAGUUGGUAAAGUUGGAUUAAAGUUGAUACCCAUCUAUACAUGAAUAUUACUAUUAUACAGCCAGUAAAAUGUAAGUGUAGUUAAGUCUACUUGUUAGUUUAAUCAUUGAAUCAAAAAAUCCUCGUAAAUACAUUAUAUAUUUUAAUUUUACUCACCAUGUUAAUAAUUUAGCUUACUUAACCUUUAUUAUAUAAUUCAAUAGUAAUUAUCAUAUUUUAUCAGCUUGGAAGUAUAUACAUAAUAUGUAUUACAUCAUAAAAACUAUAAUUAGACGCGUCGUAUGAAAAGUAGCACCGUUCUAGUUCUAGCGAAAACUAACACCGUUCGAGGCUUCUUACGAAAACUCGCACCGUUGGCGAUGACCUUACGAAAAGUAGCACCGUUCACGAAUUUCUUACGAAAACUAGCACUGUUAGCAACGAUGGGAAGAAUAGCACGAACGGUGCUAGUCUUUGUAAGAACUCACGAACGGUGCUACUUUUCGUACGGGGCGUCGAUAUGUAGUUACGUCACGUAACUACAUACUCAGUUCUCAAUUAUGACCAAGCGUAGCUAAGGGAGCGGUCCGUGGGUUGUACCCCUCCUUCUCAAAAACAAAACUAGCCUACUACUAUUUAAAGGGAAACAAAUUCAUAAUAAAAUAUAUCUAAAGUGAAAUGUUUUAUCAUUUUGAUGUUAUUUAUUAUAUAGUUGAUGUAUAUGAUCUAAUUUGUAUGCCAGCUUCCCAUAAAAAUAGAUUGAAAACGUUAUGGAGAAAAUGUUUAUAAAUUCAGCU